AUGGCAGACGCCAAAGUGGACUCGGUCUCGGAAAUGUCAGCCAAGGAACUGAAGGAUAAGAAGUUGGCGGAGGAGAAAGAAAAUGGCAAAGAUGCCGCCACCAAUGGAAAGGAGAACGAGGAGAACGGCGAGCCAGAGAUCGACGACGAGGAAGACGAUGAGGUGGACGAAGAGGACGAGGAAGACGACGUAGAUGGUGACGAGGAAGAUGAGGAGGACGACGAAGACGAGCUGGAGGGCGGCACAAAAAGGGCAGCUGAAGACGACGAAGACGAUGACGAGGACGACGUGGAGACCAAGAAGCAGAAAACCGACGAUGACGAUUGA